AUGGCUGAAUCACGACCAAAACGUGAACGUGACGUUGUGGAUACGAAUGCACUACGUUCAUUCCAUGAAGUGCCAAGUGAAUCGCAGAAACCGCGUGCUGAAGAGGAAAAGGGCAAGCGAUGGGCACCAGAACAAGAUGAUGCAUUGCGUAAAGCGGUAGAAGAGUAUGGCCAACGCAAUUGGAAAGCCAUUGCGUCUCGAGUGGAUGGACGGAAUCACGCGCAGUGUCUGCAGCGUUGGAAUAAAGUGUUGAAGCCGGGAUUGGUAAAGGGUCAUUGGUCAUUUGAGGAAGAUAGUACAUUGGAGCAAAUGGUGAUGCAAGGCUGUCACUCAUGGGGAGAAGUAGCGGCUCAUAUUCCUGGUAGAACAGCGAAGCAGUGUCGAGAGCGUUGGAGAAACCAUUUGGAUCCGAGCAUCAAUAAGUCACCUUUUACUGCUGAAGAAGAUAGUAUUAUUCAGAAUGGAUUCGAGAAAAUGGGGAAUCGAUGGACACAGAUUGCAGAGUUGCUCCCAGGACGUACGGAAGAUGCUGUGAAGGUGAGAUGGAAAGCACUAAACCCCGACCAAAAGGUAAAAGCGAAGCCAGGUCGUCCGAAACUUAUGCCUGUGUAUGGAGAUGGAUACCUCGCCCCUAUGCCUCCUUACUCAGACAAUAGCGCACUAGUUUCGCCUAUGCCGAUAUCAUGUCUGCAAUCUUCGUAUACGAUAACACCUCAUGGAGAAGAGUUUGUACGAACAGCGCAUGUACCAGUGCCGCACCAGUACCCUGAACCGAUUAUAGAGCCACUCAGCGAUGAAGCAAAGGCAGAAAACGAAAUGCAUGAUGCUAUGAUGCUCAAGGAACUGCUUCGCAGCCAUUCGAAUAGCUUGCUGAGUUUUGGCAGCAUACGCGAUUUGAGUUCGUAUACAGACAUGUCUCCAGACGAAUUGCUAGCAAGCGGCGAGUUGGAUGAGAUGCUUUGUGCUACCAUGUCGAUAUCGAAAGAGAAGAAUGAAAGGGACCAAGUUUUUGGUACUAGCAGUAUGAUGGAGAGUUUGACAAGCUCCUUUAAGAACCCGGAAUCAUUGCAGAAAGCAGUGCAGAACUUGGAUCACGAUGACAAACAUUUGUUUCAGGGGCUAAUUGACAGCUGGCGUGCUCAGCAGUCGACUAAUGGUGGCACUGCAACGGAGGUAGAUGACCACAUUAGUAAUGUGCCAGUGGACCCGAACGUCUACUUACAGCACAAUUUCAAAACGAGCAGUGGGUGCAAUAUGACCCAUUCAUCGGACUACGAACAGACACGUUCACUUUCUCGACGAAACUCAAAUGGUAUUUUGCACGAACUUGGCAACAUCUCAAAUGAUAUUGGCGAUCUGCUAGGCUCAGAUCUCAUGCGUCCAAUUCGAAAGGGCAAAAUGUAUUAG